AUUCAAUGUCUUAACAUGAGAGCCUUCACUUCUCUCUCUCUCAAUUAUUUUGUUUUCCCAUUGUUUCUCUUUCCUUCCUUUUUUAGUUGAAUACUUUUCCUUCAUUGGUGGUUUCAACUUGCCAUUUCUUUCUCAUCAUUGUGCAUCUGUUCUCAUUCCUAUAUCUGCAUUGGCUAGCUCUUUUAUUACCUCAACUCCUUGAUUUUCUCAUCGUUUCUCUGAAUUGUAAAACAUGUUACUAAGAAGUUCCUCUGCACCAAUUCUAAGUUCAUUGGUACUCUGUUCCAAAGAGUCCUCCCCCGAGUCAGAACACAUUCUUCACCUUCCUAGAACAAUAUCAGUUUUAAGUCUAUGCCAAAACUUUGCUGAUAUAGACCUUAAAAGCUCAUCAAGUCCUAAGAAAAAAAAUUGCAUGCCACGUAGUAAUGUUUGUAUAAAUCAACAGCAUGGAAAGAUCAAAGAAAGUGAUGAAGUGAAAGAUCCAAAACAAAUAACUUGCAUGAAAGCAAAAGCUUCAAUUCAAGAACUGUUUUCAAGCUCAGGUUUAGAUAAAGGAGUCCUGGAUCAUGAAGAGUGUGUGGAGGGAAAGAAAGAUGGUAGUAGGUUGCAGACUUCGGUGAUGGGUGAUGGGAUGGGGAGCAAUGGUGGUUGGAUUUGUGGCGGUUGUCAUGGUAGUGGAAGAGGCUCAGAUGGUGGACACGGAAGAGGGUGGGGUUUCCAUGAAGGAAAUGAUCAUGGUAGAGAUAGAACGGAUGCAUAUUACCAAAACAUGAUUGAAGCAAACCCCACUAAUGCUCUUUUGCUGGGAAAUUAUGCAAAGUUUUUGAAAGAGGUUCGUGGAGAUUAUCCUAAAGCAGAGGAGUAUCUCGAAAGGGCGAUUUUGGCUAAUCCUGGUGACGGUCAUGUUCUGUCCCUAUAUGCAGAGAUGAUAUGGCAAACACAGAAGAAUGCUGAUCGAGCUGAAGGAUAUUUUGAUCAAGCCAUUAAAAGUGCCCCAGAUGAUUGCUAUGUGCUAGCUUCAUAUGCUAAAUUCCUUUGGGAUGCGGAAGAAGAUGAGGAAGAUAAAGACUGCCCAAAUAAAUUAGAUCACAACCAUACAUAUCUAAAUGAUCUCUUUCAGGGAACAAACCAUCAACCUCAUUUAACUGCAGCCUCAAGAACCUUACCACUGUCUCUAAAGUAAAGGUGACCAGACCAAAGGGGUUAGUUUAAUAGAGAUGAGUGCCCACUGUAAAUAGCUUAGACCAUAAUAAGAGAAAGCAGCUACAAUUGCAUCUUGUGCUAGUAAAUAGUAAGGCUUCCACCAAUUUAUCAUUGAGAAUGUAACGUUUUGCAGAGCUAAGUGCAACCCUUUGUCAUUUAGCUUUAAUUGUUUAUCUUGUCAUAAUCUCGGUUUCCCAAUAAGAGCAAUCACCUACGUACAAUGAUAUGAAAUAUAGAUAAUUUGUAACUCAUCCAAUUGUCGUGAGUUGCUGUGGCUCUCAUGAAUUUUUUCCUUGUAAUAAAGAGAAUUGAAAAGAAACUGACGACUAGUAUAGUUUUAUAACAGUCUUUUACUUU